AUUUUUAUAUCCAGAUUUGAUGAAUCUAAAGUCCAUUGUUGUAGUGGCUUUACGAAACACGUCCAUAGGAAAAUAUCAAAAAAUCCUUUUACAAACACAGGAAAUGAGUAAAUGUCUAAGAGUAACGCUUUUGUGGUCGGUCAAAGCUUUGAGGAGUACCUCGUGUGUCCGUACGAUAGCGCCCAUCGUAUAAGGCCACUCCGUUUGAACAAUCAUUUUAUCCGUUGCGCCAAGAACUUUCCUUCAGCAAAGUUGGCUCGCUGUCCAUUUAAUGAUAAUCAUUUACCCUCUGCUGCCGAAAUGCAGAAACACGUCUUCGAGUGUUCCGAUCGAGCCUCCAUGGAGCGCUUUAAGUUGCCGAGUGUGUUGCCUUCUGUGGAACCCAGACCCCGAGAAUUUUCGAUGGAAACUGGUGAGGAUUGGGAUGCCGAGCCGCCAACUCCGACUUACAAUUCAAAUAUUCACUGCGAGAGGAAUAUGGUCAUCCGCAAUCUACAAGGAGCUCCGCCUGCCGCUCGUCGAGAAUUUCGCGAAGACCAGCGCAAACGAUUCAAGGAACAGAAUCUGUUCUAGAUGUGAUACGUUAGGUCAAAGAUCAAGUUUACGGUCAGUAAAAUAAAGAGCAUAGCCCCAAAA